UAGGAUGGAGAUGGGGUUUUAUUCUUUUGGCUUUUACAUGAAUUUUUUCUUGGCAAAGAGCUAAAACUGAAAUAUGAAACUAUGUGAUCAGCCAUGCUUUUAAAUCAGAAUUCAUUUUCAUUUCAAUAGUCCGCAUUAGAUUUCCCUUCAUGAAUUCACCUCAUAUAAUUCAAUUAUGGGGAAGUUUAUACAGGCUCUGUUAUCUUGGAAAACAGUAAAACCCGACAUUAAUUUUGUCUCCAUCGUAUCGAAGAUUCAAGUCCCAGCUUCAUCAGUUUGGUUUCUCUGUAUUGUUUACAGCAUUGGAUGUUUGUUACAGGCAGCUCAAGUAAUAGCGGUCACCGAUUCCAUUGAAGUUGCUGCAUUAAGGUCACUUUCUCGUAAGUGGAGUAUUGAUUCAUCCCCAACAUGGAACCUCACAGAUCCAUGCUCUGGCCUAGCCAUUUCUACUGCAAAUAUUGGAAAUCCAGGCAUCAAGUGUGACUGCCUAGACAAUAACGGAACCCUCUGCCACGUUACACAAAUGUGGGUCAAUCAGUUGGACAAAACAGGAGAGCUUCCAGAAGAACUGGCUAAUCUGACUUACCUCUUUGACCUGAGCCUGAACAGGAACUUUUUCAAUGGUCGCAUCCCUGCUUUCUUAGGGAACCUCACCAACAUGCAAUACUUCAUUCAUUUUUUCAGGGCCCUUGGCAUUAAUAACUUUUCUGGUCCUGUACCAAAGGAGCUUGGCAAUCUUCAGAAGCUGAAAUCAUUGAGCUUUGCAUCAAACAAUCUUAAUGGAGCAUUACCACCAGAGCUUGGUAACCUGACUCAGUUGGAACAACUGUAUAUUGAAAGUGCCGGAGUAAGUGGAGAGAUACCAAACUCUUUCAGAAAUCUACAGAAAUUGAAGAGAGUAUGGGUAUCUGAUAAUCUAUUUACAGGUGCAAUACCGGAUUUCAUUGGAAACUGGACUGAUCUAAUUGAAUUGAAGGUUCGGGGAACUGCUUUCAAGGGUCCGAUUCCUUCAAGCUUCUCCAACUUAACCUCUUUAACAACUCUCAGGAGAAUAAGUGACUUAACUUCAGGUGUCACAUCAUUGACAUUCUUAAAAGGCUUGAAGAAAUUAACUCAAUUUGUCCUGAGAAACAACAAGAUUUCUGGCGAAAUCCCUUCAUAUGUUGCAGAAUUGAGUGCAUUAACAUACUUGGACUUGAGUUUUAAUAAUUUUACAGGAGAGUUUCCUACUUCACUUCAAAAUUUGAGCUCUUUGAUGUUCCUGUUUCUUGGAAAUAAUAAUAUGUCUGGGAAGCUUCCUUCACAAAUGAGUCCAUCCCUUAAAUACAUAGAUCUAUCUUACAAUCAAUUUUCAGGAACUCUUCCAACCUGGUUCAAUGACACAGAUUUGAAAGUAAAUCUGGUAGGAAAUUACUUGGGAAUAAACGGGACAAAUAAUGGACUGGCUUGCCUCCAACGGACUUUUCCUUGUAAUAAAGAAGCUCCACGCUAUUCUCGCUUUGCCAUAAACUGUGGCGGCUUACAAAUGACUUCCCAGCUAGGAAUUGAUUAUGAAGGUGACAAUAAAACACUUGAUGCUGCGUCAUUUUAUGUGACUGAUACACAAAAGUGGGGAGUCAGCAAUACUGGAAAUUUUCUGGACAAUUCUGUACAAAAUUUUACAAUAUCGAGUCAAUCUCAAUUUACAAAUACAUUAGAUACAGAACUCUACCAAACAGCACGCUUAUCUCCCAGUUCACUGAGGUACUAUGGUUUAGGGCUUGAAAAUGGACCAUAUACAGUAAAACUGCAGUUUGCUGAAAUAGAUAUUCUAGACACAAAAAGCUGGAAGAGUCUUGGAAAACGUAUUUUUGAUGUUUCUGUUCAGGGGAAUAAAGUAUUAACAAAUUUCAAUAUCCGAAAGGAGGCAGGAGGUUCAUUUAUAGCAGUUGAUCGAAAUUUCAGCACAAAUGUGACUGAAAAUUUUCUUGAAAUUCAUUUUUUCUGGACUGGGAGGGGAACAUGCUGGUCUUUAAACCAAGGACUCUGUAGACCUUUAAUAUCAGCCAUAAGUGUUACACCUGAAUUCACUCCUACUGUUUCGGAUCUUCCACUAUCCAACUCCUCCCAUAAGAAAAUCAAGACAGGAGCAGUGAUUGGAAUUCUUUUUGCUGGAAUGGUUGCUGUUUUGACAUGUCUUGCUUUUAUCAUUUUCUGGCGGAGAAGAGCUAGAAAGUCCUUAGAAGCACGUGGUCGGGAACAAGAAGCACUCGAAGGAAUCCAGACAAAACCAAACAUUUUCAGCUAUGCUGACAUGAAGAAUGCAACAAGUGAUUUUCAUGAAGAAAAUAAGUUGGGCCAGGGAGGAUUUGGUACAGUUCAUAAGGGCAUUCUUCCAGAUGGUAAAAUAGUAGCAGUGAAGCAAUUGUCAUCUGAAUCUAAGCAAGGAAAGCGUGAGUUUAUAAAUGAAGUAGCUGCAAUAUCUAUAGUGCAACAUAGAAACCUUGUUAAAUUGCAUGGAUGCUGUGUAGAAGGAGAACAUCGCAUUUUGGUCUAUGAAUGUCUGGAAAACAACAGUCUUGCACAAGCUUUAUUCGGCAAUAAUAGAUCUAAAAUUCACCUGGACUGGCCUACUCGUCUCAACAUAUGCAUUGGGACCGCACGUGGGCUUGCUUACCUUCAUGAGGAAUCCAGUGUCCGAAUAGUGCAUCGAGAUAUCAAACCCAGUAACAUCCUGUUGGAUAACUCUCUGAACCCUAAGAUUGCAGAUUUUGGGUUGGCUAAGCUAUUCGAUGAAACGGAAAGCCACAUAAGUACCAGAGUUGCCGGCACGAUAGGGUAUCUGGCUCCGGAGUAUGCAAUGCGAGGUUGCCUCACAGAAAAGGCUGAUGUUUUCAGCUUUGGGGUUGUCACUUUGGAAGUGGUGAGCGGUAGGAGUAAUACAGACACAAGCUUGCCACAAGAGAGUGUCUAUCUUCUAGAAUGGGCUUGGCAACUCCAUGAGCAAGAGAGACUGCUGGAAUUGAUGGAUCCUCAACUUCGACCAACAUACAUAGAAGAAGAAGUCCUCAGAGUAAUUGCAGUAGCCCUUCUUUGCACACAAGCCUUGCCUGAAAUGCGCCCAUCAAUGUCUCGAGUGGUAGCAAUGCUGACUGGUGAUAUAGAGGAAAUUCCUGUUACUUCUCGCCCUGGUUACAUCACAGAUUGGCAGUACAACCACCAUUUGGCUGCUCAAGAUCCUGGAAGUGCAUCUAUUGCACUAUCACCGCAGCAGGGAAGCACGGAAAUCUUGCUGCCUGCUGCAUUGGUCUUACCUGAAAAUGAAGAAAUGACUCCAUCAAUGGUCCACCAGGCUUUAGCUGAUGACCAAUGAAUAUUGAAUGAUUUUUUUUCUUUUGGACAUCUCUAUAGGAUCCAAGAAUUGGAACUGAAAUCUUGUCCCUGCUAAUGUUCACACCUCCUAUAUUUAAAUGUAAUGUAGUAGUAAUCUUAUUCCUAAAUUCCUAUACAAUAACUAUAAUUUUGGGGAUUUCAUGUUUAUCUGUUUACUGGCUAUCCAUUAUAGGCUGUUUGACGUUGUGAAGAUUACUUAAAACGUUCGUUCAUUCAUUCAUUCAUUCCUUGAUCUACAUCUCUAAGUGAUUAUAAUGUAAGUUAAUCUUGAAAUUUGAGAUUAGGGAUGCAAUUGCUAGUUUUCA